AUGGACGUUCUGUCAACGCCUCCAGACUAUAAAAGCUUUUUAGAAAAGUACCUUUUUCCUAAUCGACCCUGCUUGAUUCGCCGAGGCUUGAUUGACGAUUGGGCGGCUUUCCAAUCAUGGACUUCAACUCAUGACGGAGUGAGCUACCCAAACUUGGCAGAGCUGAAAACCUCUUAUGGACAUCAAUUUGUCUCGUGUGUCGAGUCUGAGGCUGGCGAUGUGCUAUCAACCUCGAGCGGCGAUGAGUACGCAAGUACUCAUCGGUGCAUACCCUUCAGUGAAGUCAUCGAGCGAUGGGAAAGAUACCUUUCUGCUGAUAUGCCCAAUCAGCCAAGCACAAAAUUUUAUGUCAAAGAUUGGCAUCUACCCAAGAUCGUGGAAGGGGCCGAUGAUAAUCCUCGCUCAUUAUACUCUACACCGGAAAUCUUUCAAGAUGACUGGAUGAAUGCCUAUUACACAGCCCGGACCCAAGAUGAUUUUCGUUUCGUUUAUAUCGGUCAAGGGGGUACUUAUACUGCAUUCCACUCAGACGUUUAUGCAUCGUAUUCGUGGUCAGCCAAUAUCCUCGGUCAAAAGCGUUGGAAUCUUUAUGAACCCGGUAAGUCGGACCCCAUCACCAUCAUUCAAUCGGAACGUGAAGUUAUAUUUGUAAUGAAUAUGGAACUUAAACCGAGCGGUUGGAAACAUGAGGUUGAAAACUUGUCUCCUCUUGUGAUCAGCAUCAAUCAUAACUGGUGCAACUCUGUAAAUCUACAUUUUGUGUACGAUGCUCUUGCCCAGGAUGUCGAAGAUGUGGAAGAGUCUAUUAGCGACGUCAAAGAACUCUUGCAAAAAAAGCCUCGAUCCUCAUCUGAUCCAGUGUGGCAAUCUGAGUGGAUUCAAGUAGUACAAGACAUGGUCCGACAGCACGCUGGAUGGGACUGGACGACGUUUUGGAGGAUGGUCCAUUUUGUCAUACAGAAUACAUUUGGAAAUGCCGCUACCUCACUCCAAGUGAGAUUUGCUAAUGUGUCAAUCCUCUCUAUUUGGCUACUGCGACCCCAAGUCGUCAAAAGUCCAAUCGCCCCCACCCAAGAAUUCAUAACACAACAAGUUCAGUAUUGCAUUUCCAAGUUUGAGAAAAGGUCCCAACAUGAAUAUGUGAAAGAACUCGAAACGCUCUUGAGCGAAAUAAAGCUUUCCUUGCGCAAUUGA